AUGAAUGCAAGUUAUGAUUUAACUACAACACCAAAAACAAUCAAUCGAAGUAAAUAUAUUGAAUCAUUAAUGGAUUUUUCUACACCAAUGAGUACAAUAUCAAACCGUUGGAUAAGUAAUACAACGAUAAAAAAUUUCAAUGAAUUUGAUGAGAAAAUUUCUUCUGAUAAUGUUAUUAAUUUGCCAAUAAUCAACGAUAAAAUCAUUCAUAUUAAUAAUAAUAAUAAUAAUAAUAAUAAUAAUCAAAUAAUUAUUGAUCAACUUUUAAAAAAAUUUCAUGAACAUAAAAUUAAUUUUCAUAAUACACAAAAUUAUUUGAAUUUACUUGAUGAUCAUUUACGUGAAAUAACAACAGUUCUAAAUCAAUUACAAAAUUUCUUAGAACAAAAUUCAUCACUUAAAACAACAACAGAUCAAAUAGAAACUCGUUUACUACAAAUGUCAAUUAAACGAGAACAAAUUCGUACAGCAAUAAAUAAUUUUCAUCAAUCACCAACAAUAAAUCAAACACUUAAUGAUAUUAUUCAACAGAUUUCACCACGUACAUCAAACAUAACAAUAACAACAGAUCCAAUGAUUUAUUGUACUGAAUUAAUUAAUGCUGUACAAUUAAAUAUAAAUCAAAGAACAAAUUUAAUCGAACGUUUUUAUCAUGAACAAAAUCGUAUAAAACAUCGAACUGAUGAUUACUACGCGAAAUUUAAACAACGACAAGAAUUUCUUAUGCAAUUAGUUGAAAAAAUUAUUGAACAACAAAAAAUAAAUGAAAAAUAUAUUGAAACAAUAAAUAUUAAUAAACCACAAUUUAAUAAACAUAGAGAACAAUUAACUGAAUUGAAUAAACUUACUGAAGAAUAUCAAAUACUUCAAGAUGAAAAUCGAUUAUUAAAGCAUAGAGCAAAAGAAAAUAUUCAAACACUUUAUAAUUCUAUUAAUCAAGUUACAGAAUAA